GAGUCCCGACCCCCAUAUAUCUUCCCGCCCCCUAUAAUUUACCCACGGACGGGCGGACCCCGUCGACCGCGCCAACAGGCAACGGAGUUAGAGAAGAGAGUUUGAGUUCCAGUGUUCCACCUCACCUCACCACCACGUACGCGCGAGCGCGCGCAUGGCCGCGACGGCAUGCGCCUACGGCUACGACGGCGGCCUGGUGCCGCCGCCGCCGCCGCCGGCGCAGGCGAUGGACGCGUUCGACGACAGCGCCCGAGGCCGCCGCCACUGUCCCAUCAUCCACGACCACUAUUCCAUCAUCAACGGCCUCGUCAUGCCUCCACCUCCUCCUCCUCCGCCGCCGCCGCCGCUACCACCUUUCCAUCUCCCUUCGGGCGCCAGCUCCAAGGCGGCAGCGUCUCGCCACCCCGGCCUCUGCACCGAGGGCCUCGGCUCGGAGAGCUCCGAGAGCUCGGGCGACCUCGACCUCGGCGACAUCGUGGCCGACGACGACAUUGAAGACUGCAAGAGGCGGCAGCAGGACGACCAGGAGGAGACGCUGAUGCCGGCGAGGAAAAGGGUGUUCCCCCCGCCCAUAUCGGUCAUCGGCGCCGCCGGGAAGCCGUGGCAGUACCUGAGGGCGCAGCGCGGGGGCGGCCGGCUGGUGCUGCGGGAGGUGAGGAUACCGUCGCGGGAGCUGCUCCACGCCUGCCGGGAGGACGGCCGCCUCAAGCUCCACUUUGCCCACCCGGAGCCGGAGGAACAUCACCAUCUUGCUGAUGAUGAUGAGGAGGAGGAAUGCAACAACCAGCAGACUGCAAUAUAACAGUCAAAAGAGAAGAACCAACACAACAGGGAUUUAGUUUCUUGGUUUAAUAAGUUUUGAGUUAUUAUCGACAAAGAGUCCUAAGAGUGUCCUUCCAAAGAGAUGUAAAUAUCGCAACAAAAUUGGUCAGUUUUUGCAUCCA